UGUAAAUUAAAGAAGUAAGAUGAACAAAAAAUGUCUUGUAACUUUCGGUAUAGUCGCAAUCUACGCAACUCUAAUCGGAUUUUUCUUUAAAUUUUAUAAAGAAAGUUCUGUGUGCUCUGAAUUUAGUUCUUCAUGCAUUCGUUUUUGUUCUGAAGAUGUUGAAAAUUAUUCGAAUGAAUUCUUAGUUGAAGAAUUUAGAAAAAGCAAAUCAGGCAGACAUUUGAAGGAGAUUUCAAAUAUUUAUCGAGGAUUGCCAAUAUGCGGUGGAGUUUCUUUUUUGACGCCAUUUUAUAAUGAGACUUCUAGUCGUCCACCAUACAACAUUCAAAAUAAUGGAGUUUUAGACAUUGAAUUUAGAAAAAAAUAUGAUCAACUUAGAUAUUGUCUUGAGAAAUCAGAUGAUGAAUAUGAUGGAUGGAAGGUCUUUGCUUGUGAUCAAGAUGUGAAAAUUCGCGCAAUUUAUCACUUAACACUGAUUUCAAUUUCAAUUAUAUUGUAUGGAUUCGUAUUGUUCAUGUACUGUAACAGUAAAGAACUAAAGGACUUUCAUGGGAAGUGGACAAUUUCCUUUACUUCAUUUCAAUUUGCGACACUUAUUCUAUUCUCAUAUUGCACUUUAACUGAAUUUAAAAUUAACUUUAAGCAUCCAAUUUUGGAAUAUUUAUUUGUUUCCUUCAUCUUAUCUAUGAUGUUUGGGAUUUUAUGGAUCACGGUUAUGAUUUUUCAUGAAUAUUUCACAUUCAAAAACUUUAAGCAUCAAAAAACAAUUCCUUACAACUUAACAAAAUAUGCUGUUGUUACAACUAUACUCAUCAUCAUAUCUAUAUUUUUAUCUAGUGACAUUGCAUCAAUGAUGUAUACAUUCAUCGGAAUUCUUGCCAUUGCUACAUGGAUCGUAACAGGUUUCAAAAUCUAUGCCUUAUCUCGGAAUCCAACCUUUUCGCAACAAGCAAGAUUUAAUUUUGAAAAGAAAUGGUUUUGGAAUUGCAUGAAGUUGUCUUUAACCUUAGUGAUAGCUUGGCUCAUUCAGUUCUUAGCACUAGGAAAAUAUUACAAUUUACUGCUUUUUAUGAUUGCAGAUUCAAUUCUAUUUCUCACAACAAUAACAAUCACGAUGAUUGCUUUAGAAAGAAAGAAGAUUUUUGGAUCAAAUUGUGAAAAAUAUACUGGAAUAAUCAACACAAAUGUUGAAAAAUUAGAAAAAAAAGUUGAAACUGAAAAUGUAAAAGUGUGAUUAAUGGCUUUGGAUGAAUAAAAUUUAAUUUUU